GAUAAGUUGCCAAGGGGAAACAUUCGAUAGAUCCAGGGGGAGGACGUGAGGUACCAAGGCAGCGCGCCUAGAGUGUGGUGCUUUUGACCAUCGAAUCGGGCAGUACGAAAAUCCGAUCAAGAAGGAGGAGUAAUGGGGGAUGAGUGAUGUUCACGAGUCACGGAGACAAUGAGGGUGAAUCUGUUGGAGUAUAAGAAAGACCAAAUCAUGCUUGACGAUGUUUAUGCCUCGAUAUCGAGUUCUUCUGUAUUCUUAUUUUUCUUUUAUUCGGGCAUAUCCCAUCUAGCUUGCUUGGUUAGUCGGGGCAUAUCCAAGGUGGGAGGAGAGAGCGCGUGUGGUGGGAAUCUGCCACAACAGACGAUAAAUUACACUCUCAAACAGAAUCACGUAUUCAUACAAUAGCAAACAAUCGAACAUCCUUGACAAGGAGUAUAC